UUUUAAAAUAAAUUCUCAAUCUAGCCCUGGGAUUUCCUGGUGGUCUUCCAUCCCAGCGCUAACCCAGUCCCAUCCUGCGUUGCAUUUUUUGAGAUCCGUCAAGGCUGACUCUGCUGCGGGCGGUACACGUUGCAAAUACGCGGAGGGUUGUCCUCCCCAGUAGAGGUGCUAGAAAAGGUUUAAUCUGUGGUGCCUGGUAGUUGCUAGGCAGCAGGGUUGGGCUUCGGACUCAGGAUGCCUCAUCUCUGUCACACUACUGUACCAUUACUGGCUGGCAUUCAUGAACAGAAUGUGGUUUUUGUGGUGCAUACUUCAGAAAGUAAUCUCUCCAAUCCAUGUAUCAUGAAAGAACUUCUCAUAAGAACUCUAUAUUCACUGGGUAGCAAACUAAUGGAUUCCACGUUCAAUAUCAUCUGCUGUUCCAGCAAGGUGUUAAAAUGGCAGAAUGAAUUGGUAAAAUGUUCGCUCACCAGCAUCAUGGAUGCAGCUGCUUGGAUCAGAACUCUGCAGAUGAACAGCAAGGUGAAAGCCAGUGCUUGGAAUGCCAUGGAAGAAGCAAUAGAUGAUCCCAGCUGCCAAGCAGUCUAUCUCUUCACCAGCGGAUUGCCCGAGGGCUCUGUGGAAGAAAUCUGUGGCCACCUUAAGGAGACAAAGCAGUCGUGUCCAGUGCAUAUUGUGCAGUUGGUAGAAAAUGGAAAGGCCAAUAAAAUUAGCUGUCAAAAGCUUUUGGAGAAAAUAGCCAAGGUAUCUGGUGGUACCUUCCAAGCCAUCGAUGGGGCAUCCUAUGAGGACAAGACUGGCUGUAAUUCAGGCACUGGUAGCAUCAGCAAUCAUCUCAGCUUCCCUCUGCUGGCAGAUCAUUGCACAACACUGUUUCCUUUGGGUGUACGGGGUCCAGAUACGUGUACGACAUUUAUGAGAAGUUCUGUGCAAGAGAAUUUAGGGGACUGUUCCACAGACACCCAUAAUUUGCUGAGGGGGAUUCGAGUCCUUGCCAGAAAAGAGACAGAUGGAUAUUACUAUCUCGGUCACAUUGUCCAAAAGGUGAAGGACUCUAGGGGACAUGUUCUAAUUGAGUUUGAAAGAUGCCAGCGAUCACGGAAAGUUAAGGCUCCAUUUCGAAGGCAAGAAACGCCUCUCUAUGACAUCAUUCAUUAUGAUGAUGCCAGGUGGCAGCCAUUAUCUGCAGGAGAUGGGACCCUUGCUCCAUGGGAGAAGAAUAGCAAACGAUAUGGCCCAGGCAUUGUUCUCCAAGUAGCAGAAACCAGGUCAGAUUAUUCAGCUUUUCAAAAUAACAAAGUGCUGAUUAACUUCUGGAAUGGCCAGACCAAGACAGUAUCAGCAGAUGUUGCUGUGAGAAUCCCUCUUCCGUUGUAUGAGCGCAUUGUUCUUGAGCUUCAGAUGCCAUUAACAGCCAGGCAGCUGUUGGUGGAGCAGAAUCCAGAUUAUCCUUCUGCUGUGCCACCUGGGUACAGAGCUUCUGGAUGUUGCAGGCAUAACCAUUUACCUUGGAUGUCUUGCCCUGAGUCUCUAAAUGUCCACUGUGUUGGGGUCUGUGACAGCAAUACCCAUUUUCCCCCUUGGUCUUUCUGCUGCCCACUACAGAAUCAUACUAUAUCUCCAAUAAAUUCAACAUGGGCAGAUGAUACUUUGAUUCCAAGAGUCAAGCCAUCAAAAGAGGAACUGAGCAAGAAGUUAGAAGACCAAUUUUCAAAAGGCAGACCUCCCAUUUCAGAAAAUAAUGAGAAUGCAAAAGAAGAUAGCAGCAAACUAAAGAAACAAACUAAUGUAGCAGAUGCAAAAUCUUGGGAAGAGAAGCAAAUCCAAGUUGCAAAACCCAGUAAGGAUCAUCAGAAAGCGAUGGGUUCAGAAGAUACAACGAACAAUACUGGCACCAUGGUUGAUCUAGUGACCAAUACAGGCAAAUGGACAACUCAACAAAAACAGAAAUGUUUUUUCCAGCCCAACGUGAGCAGAUCUUCAGCCCAGCCUUCCCAAAGAAAUACUUCUCGGAAAACUUACUUGGCAGACCGUUCCAAACUCCAGGCAACGCUUGACUGGGUGGACAGGUCACUGAAGAAAGAUCGUUCAGCUAUUGAAUCUGUUUUGCACAUCAGAAGGAGCUACAGUGCACCACCAUCUGUGCAGAAAUUAAUGGAGGAAGGAGCCGCUUGGGAUGGCCCCAGAAAGGUGGAUGUCAACCCAGCUAAGAUAGAGUUCAAAUGGCAGAAGUGGGAGCAGAGACAGCUUAAGAAGCAGCAACAGCACCAGGAGAUACAUCACAAAAGAGAGGUGCUGCUUGAAAAUAAGAGGCAGAGAUCCCUCCAGCGAACUUUGCAAGGCUUGCAAAGGCAGCGGGAGCAGCACGACAGGGCUGAGCAACAUCUGGAGCAGCUGCGAGAGGCAAGAGCAGAGAGGAAGAGGCAGGAGUCCCAUUUGCAGGAAGAAGAAGGAAAGAAAGAGAACCAAAGGACAGAGUUCUUAAAGGCACAGCACAGGGAGAGGGAGAAGCAGCUGGCAGAACAUAAUCAAAUGAUUGACAGCCAGGAGAAAAAGAGGCUGGAACUUCUCAGGAAUAGAAAAGAAGCCAUGCAAAAGAAUGCAGAAAUUGCCCUGAAGGAACAGGACACAGAAAAUAAGGAGAAGGAGGCUGCCAAAUGCCGUCUGUCCCAAAAGCAGGAGCGGAUUUUACAGCAUAUGGAAAAGGAGAGGCAGACACAGAAAGGACUCCUACAGUAUCUCAGAGAACAGGACCUCUUACUGUUCCGUGCUUCUAUGCUACCAUAGGACAAACCAGUUUUUACAACCAAGGUACUAAUAAUGUUCACAGACAAUACAGUGUGCAGUUCAGGACUGUGAAAUGGUUGUUCAGAAUCUGAAGUUACAGGCAGUCCUCG